UUAAGCCUUGACGAAAAUGCGACUUAUGCAAUCAACCACUUAUUUAUUACAAAGACGUACUUUCAGACUUUUUACAACAAUAAAACCAAAAAGGUCGAAAAAUACUACUUAUAAUUUGUCUCGUCGAGAGAAUUCUGGUUCUAGUGAGAGUAUAAAUACGAAAGCAAAACAACUUGGAACUUCACAAGUAGUUUUCCCAUUUAUCUCUGAUAUAGAUAAGGUUUCUCAAACUGAUGAAACAUUACGAUUGAUUUUUGAUGAUGAAGAUUUUUGGAACUAUUUCACUUCUCGUUCACGGACAUUGGCAGCAUUAGAAUAUAGUACUUCUUUAUCGGCGAGAAAAUUUACUGGUUUAUUUCGUAAUCCUGAAUUAGCAACACCUCAGGGUUUUCACUUAGAAGCAGAAAAGGCACUUAGAAGAGUGAAACUAUUGGUUAAUCGAAUCACAAACGCAAAUACUGAAAAAGAAUUAAGAAAGGUGGUAAAAAAUAUGGAUAGACUUUCCGAUACACUUUGUUCGGUCAUUGAUACAGCAGAGUUUAUUAGAUCAUCGCACCCUGAUCCAAAAUUUGCACAAGCAGCUAAUUGGGCUUACGGAUAUCUUUGCUCCUAUAUGAAUUCUCUUAACACAAAUACCGAAUUAUAUCAGGUAUUGAAGAGAGUACUUUCAACUCCAAGUAUUACCUCUCAGUUCUCUUCAGAGGAAUUUCAAGUGGCAAAUACAUUUUUCCAUGAUUUUGAGAAAUCUGGUAUCCAUCUUCCUUCUUCAGAUCGUGAGCAGUUUGUGCACUUAUCAGAUAAAAUUAUUACACUUGGUCGUCAAUUUACCCAAAUUUUACUUCAAAAACGCAUUAAUCGCAUUAAUGUUGACGUUUCACUCCUUGAAGGAUUACACCCUGGAUUAAAUAAAGAUACAAAAGGAAAUAUUACCAGUUUAUCAACUAAAGCAUGGGAGGCACAAAUGAUUUUAAAAUCUGUAAAGGAUGAAGGGGUUAGGAAAAAAAUGUAUAUUGCAGCUAACUCUGCAACGAAAGAACAAAUUAUUUUACUGGAAGAUUUGUUAAAAACAAGAGCUGAACUAGCAAAAUUAGUUGGAAUGGAAAGUUAUAGUCAUGCUUUUCUCAUUGAUAAGAUGGUGAAAAAUCCAGAACAUGUACAGACAUUUCUGCGAACCCUAUCUGAUCAUCAUAGGCCAAAGGCUCUUGCUGAUCUUCGAUUGCUACAAGAAGCAAAGCAAUUAUAUACCGAAAGCGAGACUUUACCAACCGUUUAUGCGUGGGAUCGUUAUUUCUAUGCAGAGAGAAUAAAAUUUUCAUCACUCACGCAGCCUGUUACAUCAAUAUCACCAUAUUUUUCGGUUGGUUCAGUAAUUCAAGGCUUAUCUAGACUGUUUUCACGUUUAUACGGUAUUUCAUUUGAACCUGCAGAGAUAAUGCCCGGAGAAGUGUGGCAUGAUGAUGUACGUAAACUUGAAGUCAUUGAUGAACAAGAAGGAAAGGUUGGUACUAUAUAUUGUGAUUUAUUUAGUCGCAAUGGUAAGCUUCAAAAUGCUGCACAUUAUACGGUGAGAUGUUCAAGGCGUGUUGAUGAUGACGAUGGUGUUGGUGAUAUACCAUCUGGCGUUGAUAUAACAGAAAUGGGAGAAUUAUCAAAUUCUGACCAUGGAGUGAAAGUUAACGGAAGAGCAGGAAGGUAUCAAUUACCUGUUAUUGUCCUUACUUGUGACUUUAUGAAACCAAAAGGAAGACAAUAUCCAAGUUUAUUAAAUUGGGUUGAAGUUGAAACUCUGUUUCAUGAAAUGGGUCAUGCAAUGCAUUCAAUGAUUGGUCGAACAAAUUUUCACAAUGUUUCCGGAACGAGGUGCCCAACUGAUUUUGUGGAGCUUCCAUCAAUUUUGAUGGAGCACUUUGUCUAUUCGCCAAAAGUUCUUUCGCUUUUCGCAAGACAUUAUGAGACACGUGAAACGGUACCAUUAGAUCUUAUUAAAUCUCACGUUAAAGCAAGAUUACAGUUUUCAGCAAUGGAAACACAAUCACAAAUAUUUAUGGCAUUACUUGAUCAAUUAUAUCAUUCAAAACUUGCAACCGAUUCUAAGUCAUUCGAUACAACAGCUAUUUUAUAUAAUUUACAAGAUACUGUUGAAUUGUUUCCUUCAGUACCGGGUACAGCAUGGCAAGUACAAUUUGGACAUUUAUUUGGGUAUGGUGCAGGAUAUUAUAGUUAUCUUUUCGGUAGAGCGUUAGCAGGCAAAAUUUGGAAAGAAAUUUUUGAAAAAGAUCCAUUAAAUCGAGAAGCGGGUCAACUAUUUCGUGAAGAAGUUUUAAAAUGGGGAGGAUCAAGAGAUCCUUGGCUAUGUAUUGGUAAAGCAUUAAAUGAUGAUAAAAUUAUUGUUGGUGAUAGUAAAUCCGUUUCAAUUGUUGGUGAAUGGGUAGAUUUUCUUUAGAUUAUGAAUAAGUAAAGUAAAUCUAAAAUACAAAACAAACAUUUUGUAACUCAUAUAAUUUACAUUAUUCAUAAUUUUCAUUUUUUUAUAAUUCGGAUAGACAAACCAGCUGAAAUGCAUUAAUGGAUUAUCGUUACUGUACAUACUGUACCAAAUAAAUUUUAAUUUUUCAUUAUCUGAUAAUAAUUGUGAUUGUGUUACUGGCUUUUUAUGGAAAUGUUGUUCAUUGAGGUUUCGUUUCCUACAUAAGAGAUGAUCUUACUCAGCUUUUGCUCAGCCCGA